AUGGUCGCCAUACCCACCCUCUCUCUCCUAUUGGCCCUGGCGGAGUGGGCAGGACCGGUCACGCCCUCCCCACACCUCUUGCUACGGCCCCGGGAGCGGGAGAGAGACCCGGGGACUAUAAUGAACUUCAACAUCGCUGUGAUCCACGCGGGGGCCAGCGUGCAGGUAGAGGCGGCGGCCGGGCCCGGGGGAAGGGUGCUCUACCCUGGGUUUGGCCGGGCACACAGCUCCCUGGGGGAGAGCGUGAUCACCCAGUGGGGCUCUGCUAACGUCAUCUGGCUUCAGGUGAAUGACAGUAGUCCUAAGACUCUGCUGUCCCAGCUGUGUGACCUGCUGGCAGCGAGGCCCCUACAGGGCCUGGUCUACGAGGAGGAGAGGCCACCACCCACCGCCUGGGGACCCCUGGCCCCCAUGUUAGAGUUUGUCUCUGCCCAGACUGGACUACCCAUAGUGGCUGUAGGCGGAGGAGCAGGGCUGGGGAGGAUGCAACAGGAGUCAGGCUCCAUCUUCCUCCAGUUCAGCUCAUCCACCAGCCUCCAGCUGGAGGUCAUCUUCAAAAUACUAGAGGAGUACGACUGGACCACCUUCUCAGUGGUGUCCACCCGUCACCAUGGCUACCAGGACUUCCUGUCGGUGGUGGACGGCCUGACGGACGGCUCGUUCAUCGGCUGGGAGAAGAAGAGCGUGGUCAUGCUGAACGUGACGGACGACCCGGGAGGGGUGCGCACGCGCAGGCUGCUCAAGGAGAACGAGGCGCAGGUACGUCUGCUCUACUGUUCCCAGGAGGAGGCCGAGCUGGUGUUUAAAGCAGCCUGGGCCGCAGGUCAGGCUGGACCCUCUCACAUGUGGUUCGCUGUGGGGCCAGCCCUGUCCGGCCUUGGCAUGGAGGGUCUCCCCAGGGCCCUGUUCGCCGUGCGUCCGCAGGGCUGGAAGGACAAGCCCCGCAUGAGGAUCGCCCGGGGCGUGUCCAUACUGACCCACGGGGCGGUGGCACUGCGCCGCGACUAUGGGGCCUCUGGAGGGCCAAACUUUGUCACCAACUGCAUGACGGAAUCCAAUCAAACACACAGGGUGCGGGGGAGGAUGAGGUAUUUCAGCAACAUCACGUUGGGUGGCAGAGACUACUCUUUCGACAGUGACGGAUACCUGGCCAACCCCGUCCUAGAAGUAAUCUCCUAUACACCUGGCAAAGGCUGGGAGGAUGUAGGGAUGUGGGAGAACGGUAAGUUGGAUUUGGUUUAUCCAGCGUGGUCGCGUUACGGUCCAUUCCUCCAACCGCCUGAUGGCGCACAGCACCUGCGCGUGGUCACUCUGGAGGAACGUCCGUUUGUCAUCGUGGAGCUGGCUGAUGCCGCCUCCAACACCUGCAUCAGAGACUCUGUACCCUGCCGACGACCCCUCAACGCCAGUAUUCCUGUCCAGGAUCCCCCAAAGAAACAGUGCUGUAAGGGCUUCUGCAUCGACAUCCUCAAACGAUUGGCCAAGAUCGUUGGUUUCACCUAUGACCUCUACCUGGUGACCAACGGAAAGCACGGGAAGAAGAUAGAUGGAGUGUGGAACGGCAUGAUUGGAGAG